UCCUCCUCUAUCUGUCUGGAUCCCCCGACCCCCUCCAUCCGAAAUCUGCCUCUCCCCCCUCCCCAGCCUGUGCAGAGGAGAGGGGGCGACCCCCCAAAGAAGAGACCAAGAGAGGAGGCGCAAAGUGUCAGAGACAACAGGCCUCAAGAUGGCGUCGGACCUGGGCAGCAGUCUGACCUCUAUAGACUGGCUCCCGCAGCUGACCAUCCAGGCGGCUAUGAAGGGAUCUCAGCAAGGCAACGGAGGGAGAAAAGGACCCGGAUCUCCCACCGACCCUAACGCCAUGUUAACUAAGGAGGAGGCGGCUGCACACCGGGAUGGGAAACCCCCAUACAGUUACGCCAAUCUCAUCCAGUACGCAAUAAACUCUGCCCCUGCCAGGCGGAUGACCCUGAGCGAGAUCUACCGCUGGAUCUGUGACAACUUCCCAUAUUACCGCAACGCCGGUGUAGGAUGGAAGAAUUCAAUCCGCCAUAACCUGUCACUAAAUAAAUGUUUCAGGAAAGUGCCGCGUCCCAGAGAUGACCCGGGAAAGGGAUCGUACUGGAUGAUUGACAGCUGUCCCAAAGAAGAUGUAGCCCUCCCCCGAAGAAAACGUCCACACCCAGACGAUGAGCUGUCUCAAGACUCUCCCGAGCCGGACGUCACCAAAAGUCCCUUGAGUACCACCAGUGAUGUGUCCUUACCUACAGAAAGUACACAAGGUCAUCACAUGGAGAACAACUCAGCUCUCCCCAGCUACAGCCAGGCUGCCUCAGCUCACAUGCCAACAGACUCGAAGACUCCAUCAUACAACAACAGCGACUGCUACAAGUUUUCCUUCUCGGAGAUCCCAGACCUCAGCUGUUCCUUCCGCAGCCUAUACCGUACUUUGCAGGGUAAACAGGGGCUCUCACCUCUCCCGACUGAUGUACAGCCGCCGCCAUCAUCAAGCUGCUGUAUGUACCAACAGAAUUCAGGGGAGUCUUCCUCACUGCACCCCCACAACGUCCCCAACAUGAACACCCCCUCCUCCUCUCACCAUCAAAGCCAGCACCAGCAGCCGCCCUAUCUACCCACCCAGCAAAUGCCUCGGCCCCCCGCUCCCGGGAUGUCUAUGGGCCACCCCAAUGACUGGUGCUCCAACAUAGACUCUCUAAAGGAGAGCUUCAAAAUGGUCAGCAAUCUGGACUGGUCCACCGUGGAUCUGUCUCAGUUUUCAGACCUCAUGGAGAGUCUACGUCAGGCAGAAUUAAAGAACUGGAGCCUGGAUCAACAUCACAUCGCCAGCCUGUGCGAUUCCUUAAGUCAUCUGCUUAGUCACACCGGACUCCUGCCUCCCGGAUCCUCACAUGGACAAGUAGCCGCCUGCCAGGCCCAGUGCAUGCCCCCCACCACCAGCAGUGCCUGUGCACUCCAAGGAGCAAAGCCAGGUCAUACCAUGGCAGUUACCUCCUAUGGGCAGAGCCAGCAGCCUCCAGUAUCCUGUGGUCACAAUUUCACUGCGCCCCCUGGGUAUCCCAUCCAAACCCAGGCCCCCCCAACAUACAGCCAGCCAGGUCGCCAUCCUCAACGUGCUAUGUAUCCACCUACUCGCCAGGUACUCCGUUAUCCGCCCAGUGAAGAUAUACAAGACGACUUUGACUGGGACUCUAUCGCUUAAAGACUCUGCAUAACAAAACCCCAGGCGGAAUGCUAAAAGAAAUAUAGGGGAGGAAUAAAUCCUCCCUCCACGUGUAUAGAUAUAUAUAAAUAUAUAAAUGUAUAUCUUCGCCCGACAAUCAGGGCCGAUGGGCCCCUCUCACUGGAUAUGGAGACAAUUCAAGACCCUUCCCACACACAGACUUUUCAGUCUCUCCCGCCGUGACACUGUGGAGUAAAAGAAACCGCACGGGCGGCCAUUCUCUCUGCCCGCCUGAUAUUUCCUAGUGCCAAGGCGUUCCGGUGUUACUGUGGGAGACGACAUUGACAGUGUCUCUGGGGAGUGGAAGGCUUGGUUGCCAGUCUACCUAAGGCCAACUUGGUUUAUUUAUAAAGCCUACACCUAUUACACAGCACAAAGUGUUAACAAGGAGUCUGCAGCCAUCUUGGACCUGAGACGUUGGUGAGAUUUCCUACACACUUUCCCAGCUCCUGGACAGACAACCCCCCCCCCCCAAUCCUCCCAAUCCCGAAAACAACUGUUUGCAAACAAGCGCGAUUGUCCGUUCUCUUUGUAUUGCUACAAUUUCACGUUGGAUGUCUCUUGAUGCUUUAACAGUUUUGUUGUGAAGUUCAUUACUGUAGUGUUAUGUGGCACAUAGAAUGAGCUGACUUUACAAUGCCAUGUGUGGCUUUAUGGUUUGCACACCACAGAAAUAUGGCUUUUUUUGUAUAAUAACACUCCUUCCAGCACUUCUUGUUUUGGAGUGGAUUCCAGGGUUGGCUUCCAUCUUGGGCAGCUCACGGGCAUGCAAGUCACGGUACGCUUGUUGAGUAUGGAUCUUAUUCCUACAUAGAAAACUGAAGACCACCACAGUGAUGAUGAUUUGCAACGUUACAGACACGGGCAAAAUUGGAGAAUCUAUGGCUUGUUAAUGGGAAGAGUCCACUAGUCAAUGGUCAUCCCAGUCAGAUUUGGGCACAGUGAUCAGUGAUUAUCUUAGUCACAUGUGGGUACAGUCUAUACAUCAAUCAAUAUCCUUGGUAGUCUUCUAGUCAACGAGUCAUCCUGGUCAUAAAUGGACACCAACUAGAUCAAACAGCAUAGACUCCCAGAAAUCAUCAUACUGGUAUAAGAGACUUGCAGAGUAUUAGUCAACCAAUAUCUUGCUGCUAGGCAGGUGUUGAGUCUGUUGACCACAGCGGGCCAUAUACAGGGUCACUUUUAGGCAGACAACAUCAUUCUGUUACAAUAGUGCUUUAGUAUUGUGCGUCAUACGAAGUAGUAACUCAGUAGAGUUACGUUAUACAGAGUAUUUGGACCAUAUCAGUAUCCUGCUGCUGAGGAAGAGUAAAGGUAAAAGCUCUAGACAGAGCCAGUGACUUGUAAAGAUGUUUAUACAGUUCUGGUUAGUGGGUGCUCUGAUCUUCUUCGUCAUGUUGGCAGAUCGGUUGAGUGAUUUGGUGUUACGGUAUAUGGUUUGAGCACCAUGAGGAAGGAGUGGAAGUCCACCAUUUUCUCCAGAUAUGGUUUCAUACUGUGUGGAUCAGCGUAUAAAGUCUCCAAUGCUCACUGCUUUCAUCUAAAAUUUUAUUUGAUGGUAAACAUAGAAUAUAAAUUUGUCCUACAGGGUUAUAUUUUUUCAUUUAGCUAUUUGUUAGGCUGGUUCACACCAUAUUAGGUCUACUCCUCUGUGGUUAUGCAGGUAGAACAUACAAACCUAUGGUGAUUUCAGUAUGACCACAAGCGGGCAGGUGUUGGCUUUAGUGAUGUUUCGGUGACAACCAAUAUGGCCGCCAUUAUUGGUUCCACAAUGUCUGUCGGCCCUGAAUGUCCACCCAGCUGUCCCGUGAUACUGCAGUGAAAUCUAUCUAGCAAUGCUGAUUGACAACUGACAUGGGAGCUGUUUCAUUAAAACAAAGAACAGCUCGAUAUAACCAAGAAAUAGGAUAUUAGCAUCCUGACAGAAGAUGAUGUCUCCUGGACUUGUCCUUGUUCUGUUAAGAGAUAUUUGCAGUACUAUCGCCUUGCUGGUUAACACAUUGUGGUAAAAGUUGUGUUCAUGACCUGUACAUUGCUGCAUUGUUAUUAGGAGAAUCCGGGAUGGAUAAUUUUUUAUGUCAUUGGUUUGCUAGGUCUUUGGUUGUUUGGUGAUCUUUUCCUGUACCUCCAUUUUUUUUUGGCCACUUCCAAUUGUCCCAGCCCAAUGUUUUAACACAACCCUGAGGAAUAAUUGCUGCUGCCGGAUGGUAAACAUUCACCCGAAAACAUCAUAGACAUUGUAGAAUCUAAGGAUCUCCUUCAUAUCGGAGAAAGAAUUCACUAUCCGACGAGCUGCCGAGAUCCUUCUAUACAGCCGCCAUUCUCCCUGUCGGAAGCCAUGUUUGUGACUCCCAAAUAUUUUUCUGUUCAGAAUAAGGCUCAAUGGACGCUUAUUAAACAUAUCAGCAGAAAGUGGCCUUGCUUGAU